UUUUUUUGGAGUUACGAGAAGUUGUAACAAACCACUGACAGCCUCCCAGAAUGGCAGACCAGAAGCGCCUUGCCUACUCCAUCAUCCAGUUUCUGCAUGACCAGCUGCAGAAUGGGGGUCUGUCUCCAGAUGCUCAGGAGAGUCUGGAAGUGGCCAUCCAGUGCCUGGAGACAGCGUUUGGGGUCUCGAUGGAAGACCAAGGCCUAGCCGUGUCCCAGACUCUUCCUGAAAUAUUUGAAGCUGCUGCAGGAAAGGAGCCUGAACACAUCAGAACAAAUUCGGAGCCCGUCACCCCCUCUGAAGAUGACAUAGCGGAAGCUGAAAGACUCAAGACUGAAGGAAAUGAACAAAUGAAGGCAGAAAACUUUGAAGCUGCUGUGUCUUUCUAUGGAAAAGCAAUUGAAUUAAAUCCAUCCAACGCUGUGUACUUCUGCAACAGAGCGGCUGCAUACAGUAAACUAGGAAAUUACGCUGGAGCAGUGAGAGACUGCGAAAGAGCUAUAGGCAUUGAUCCCAACUACAGCAAAGCUUACGGCAGAAUGGGCUUGGCCCUCUCCAGUUUAAAUAAACACACAGAAGCUGUUGUUUACUACAAAAAAGCCCUGGAGCUGGAUCCAGACAACGACACCUACAAAUCAAACCUUAAAAUAGCUGAACAGAAAAUGAAGGAGACUCCUAGUCCAACUGGAGGUCCAGGAGGAUUUGAUUUGGCUGGCUUGCUGAACAACCCCGGCUUCAUGAGCAUGGCAUCUAACCUAAUGAACAAUCCACAAGUACAACAGCUCAUGUCUGGGAUGAUUUCUGGUGGCCACAACACCAUGGGAGCAACAGGCACCAGCCCCUCCACGAAUGAUCUCGCCAGCCUCAUACAAGCGGGCCAGCAGUUUGCUCAGCAGAUGCAGCAGCAGAAUCCUGAGCUAAUAGAGCAGCUACGAAGCCAGAUCAGGAGUCGGACUCCAAGUGCCAGUAAUGAAGAUCAGCAGGCAUGA